AUGCAGCAACAUUUACGGAACACAAAGCAGCCGUUCACUAAGAUGGUCCAACUCGAUUCCGCUCCAGCGCUUGUGGUGGUCGACAUGCAAAACGGCUUCUGCCACAAACAAGGUAGCUUCGCAAAGAUGGGCAUGCAAAGCGAACCAACAGCGAUUAUUCCGCACAUCAACGAGCUGCGCUCCGCGUUCCGCGCUGCUAAUAUCCCGGUCUUCUUCCUGAGGACAGGAUACAACGCCGACUACUCUGAUAGACGCGGCCGCGACGCACGGGAUCGUGUUGAAGAACUACAAGGUCUGGUACGAGGGUCUUGGGAUGCCGAUAUCCUAGACGAACUUACGCCUGAGCCCAACGAAAAAGUUGUCGACAAAACGAGAAAUUCUGGUUUCUUUCAGACGUCGCUAGAAAGUACCCUAAAGGAGCGCGGAGUCAAUCAUUUGAUUUUGACAGGAGUGGGGACGGAUGUAUGUGUCGAGUCGACGGCAAGAGAUGCCUAUCAGAUGAACUUCGCCGUUACUACCAUAAGUGAUGCGACUGGGACAUGCAAUAAGCCAGACCAUUUAGCCGCUCUACACACCCUACGAAUAUUCGGCGGCACGGCGUCGACGGCAGAAGUGAUUGAAGCUUUGCAAAAGUCACAAGACUUGCGCAAUCAAAGAAUGUCAUAG